AUGUGCAGGGUUUAUUCUCCCCGUUCUAAUCUAUGGCUCUCUGCUUCAUUAUCCAGUCUCUUCCUGUCUCGUCUCUGCUCUUCUUUCGUUUCAGAGUACGACCCGCUGCAGCCCACCACCUCAGAUGAGACGGUGGCUGUGGGAGGAACGGUGACUCUGACCUGUCGGGUGGAUGAGAGCGAUAACUCGUCUCUGCAGUGGUCCAACACCGCCCAGCAGACCCUGUACUUCGGAGAGAAGAGAGCUCUUCGGGACAAUCGGAUCCAGCUCCACCGCUCCACCUCCACAGAGCUCUCCAUCACCAUCUCCGAAGUGCAGCUGUCUGAUGAGGGCGAGUACACCUGCUCCAUCUUCACCAUGCCCGUACGCACGGCCCGCGCCACUGUCACCGUGUUAGGCGUCCCGACCAAACCCGAGAUCUCCGGCUUCAGCUCGGCGGUCCCUGAGGGGGAGGAGGUGACCCUGACCUGCACCUCCAGCGGCAGUAAGCCCCCCGCUGAGCUGCACUGGUACCGCGGGGACACCAGGCUCCAAGCUCGUCCGGACGUGGUGGAGUCGACCUCUGGGGAGCCCACCUACAGCGUGCGCAGUGAGGUCACCCUGACGGUGUCGAGGAGUGAUGACAACGCUUUAGUGACGUGUGCAGUGGUGCACCCGUCCCUCGCCCCCGGAGACAAGCGCAGCGAGCAGGCCCUGCACGUGCUCUACUCUCCGGAUGUAAAGAUCCUUCCACAGAGCGACCUGCCCAAAGAGGGAGAGAGAUUCCAACUGAAGUGUGAAGGCAGCGGCAACCCAGAACCCACCACCUUCAUGUGGCAGAAGAAGGACGGCGAGCUGGGCCCUCAGGUGACCAUCAACGGCGCCUUCCUUCACUUCGAGAUGCUCAACAAGUCUCACAACGGCGUGUACCUGUGCCAGGCGGGCAACGGCAUCGGGAGCCAGGGCCAGGGGGAGUACACGCUGCUCGUACAAGACCCCACAGCCAUGGCGUCCGGCUCGGGGGUGGACCACGCCGUGAUCGGGGGCGUGGUGGCCGUGAUCGUCUUCAUCCUCCUCUGCCUCCUCAUCGUCCUCGGCAGAUACCUCAUCAGACACAAAGGCACAUACCUGACCCACGAAGCGAAGGGCUCCGACGACGCCCCCGACGCGGACACGGCGAUCAUCAACGCAGAGGGCGGCACGUCCGGAGCGGAGGACAAGAAAGAGUAUUUCAUUUAA